UCGAGAAGAAAGAUGGGCAGCAGGAGAGCACUACACUAUGUCCUGAAAGUUGGGGACAGAGGCCAGACUGCUAAGUUUUACAGGGAGUUGCUGGGAAUGAAAGUGCUAAGGCAUGAAGAAUUUGAAGAAGGCUGCAAAGCUACUUGUAAUGGUCCUUAUGAUGGAAAAUGGAGUAAAACCAUGAUAGGCUAUGGAUCUGAGGACAGCCAUUUUGUGGUUGAACUAACCUACAACUACGGAGUUGGAGAAUAUCGCCAAGGCAAUGAUUUUCGGGGCAUAACAAUUCAGUCAAGCCAAGCUGUGCAACAUGCACGCCAGAUGAAAUGGCUGCUUUCUGACUUGGAAGAUGGAGUAUUUGAAGUGGUAGCCCCUGGUGGGUAUAAAUUUUAUUUGGAAGACAAAGAUCAGCCAAAAACAGACCCAGUGCAAAAGGUAGCACUUGCUGUGUCUGACCUGCAGAAAUCUUUACACUACUGGUCUAAUCUCUUGGGAAUGAAAAUUUACAGUAAGGAUGAAACCAAGAAGAAGGCUCUUCUGGGAUAUGCAGAUAACCAGUGUAAGUUGGAACUACAGGAUAUUGGUGGACCAGUGGACCAUGGGACAGCGUAUGGCAGAAUUGCCUUUGCUUGCCCUAAAGACGAGCUUCCAAGCAUUGAAGCAGAGAUGAAAAAAGAAAAUCAAAAAAUUUUAACUCCUCUAGUCAGCCUGGACACACCUGGAAAGGCCACCGUUCAAGUUGUAAUUUUGGCUGAUCCUGAUGGGCAUGAAAUUUGUUUUGUUGGUGAUGAAGCAUUUCGAGAACUGUCCCAGACUGAUCCAACUGCAGACAAACUUCUCAAUGAUGCUAUGGCAGCAGACAAGAGCGAAGAAUGGUUUGCAAAACACAAUAGACAGAAGCCUUCAGCCUAGGUGAACAUAAGCAGACUUCAUAUCAUCUGAAUAAUAAACUGCAGUGCAGAAUGGAAGAACUGUGCACAAUUCAACUACACAAUUGAAAGUAGUGGCCACCUAAUGAUUCUAAGGUUAACUUAGAUUCCAGACAAAGUUGAUCAAUUUUUUUCCUCUUAUGCAUUAAAUUUGGCCUUACAAACGACAAAACACUUAUUAUUUAGGUAUACAAUAAAAGGAAUAAAACAGAUGGGCUUAGCUAUGAAUUUGUGGCAAAGUGCAAAAACUCCUUGUUUGCCACAUUUUCUGCUUGAACCCUGAAGUGCAACUAUUUGCCCCUGGAAUGGAGUGCAAAAUGUUGCGUCUGUCUUUGUAUGCCUUGCUGCCUGUGUUUGUGUGUUUAUUAUUCAUUCAUUGGAAUGCCUGUAGCUUGCAUGUCAUUAAAGGAACAGGAACACCAAAAAAUAAAAGCUUUUUAAAGUGAUUAAAA